UCCUUUCCCUCCUUCGGCUCCAUUCCAAACAUUGCAGAGAGCUCUCCUUCACAGUUCACAGUGCUCAGCUCUCACUAGAGAGGGAGAGAGUUGCGGUGAGGCUUAGCUUCAAUGGAGGCUGUGUUCAAUCUCGACAACCAAGUCGGCUCAGUUGAAGGGAAUAACAUAGCGGGAGAGAAAUUGUUGAACCGGGAAUCCAUCAGUUGUGCCCCGAGGAAAAAGUUAGCUGACAUUAGCAACGUGGCUCAGCAAACGAAACAAGCCAAGCAAGCUGUGAAGUCGAGCACUAUUCUACUUCAAAAGAAUGAGCAGAUUGAGAGGCUUCAGAAGGAAAACAUCGUGCUGACUAAAGCUCUUGCAGACAGGAAUAGGAUCAUUGAUGUGGGGGCAAUCGAGCUGCAGAAACUGAGAAAUGAUUUGCAGAAAGUGCAGGAGAAGAACCUGCAACUUGCGCAAGCAAACAAUCAGAUGCUAGCGGAACUUAAUUCAGGAAAAGACAAGAUAAAACUGCUUCAGCAUGAACUGGAUUGCAAAAAUUGCUUGCUCAAAGUGAGGCAGUUUGAGUUGAAGGAGAAAGCUAAAUCAGGAACAUGCCAUUUUAAUGCGAGUGAGGCAAGAGAUGAAACCGUCAAGCCUAACGAUGCAGGGGAAUUCUCUCAAGCUGGCAAGCCUUGUAAUACUUGUCGGAGGCAGCAGCAGAGGAAUCAAUCAUUGAACUCUAAUUCAGCUGAACUUGUCCAAGCUGAGGAGAAAGUCAGCAAGAAAAGGCCAUGCAAGAGAAGGCAAUCUGCUAGGUUUAGGUCUGAAGAAGCAGGAUUAUGUGCAGUGUCCCUCGAGAUGGGGGAUUCCAAGGGUAGCAUCUCGAAUGAAUGUGCGGAGCCUCUCAAAGAAAAUUGUCCAGCACCGUCAACCUCAUCAAUGGAAAAGGAACAUGAAGAGAAAAAUGCUGCUAAUGUUGAAAACCAAGCACAUCCAAGAUCAUCUCUAGGGAGACCUUUGCGACGAGCUGCUGAGAAGGUCCAGUCUUACAAGGAAAUUCCUCUUAAUGUGAAGAUGCGCCGGGAAGUCCCUGGUCGACGUAUUCGUACAUGUGAUAGUUCCUCCCUUCCCGUACCAGUAGCGGUGGUUCCGAUGGCUUCUGCUGCCAUCGGUGAAGAAAACUGCUAUCAAAUGCAUGCGGACAUCAUUUCUGACUGUCGGACAGUGAAGGGCUCGACCACCGAGAAGUACUCUAAACUCUGCCUAUUAUAUUAUUGCUUUCGAACCCAUGGCAACCAUGCCACGGGCAAAAGGAAGAUCGUGCCCUCAAGAUGGUCCAAUCUGCCAGUUAAAUAUUACCAAAUACUGUAAGUUUUUUCGGUUAUAAGAGAUGUUCAUGAAUCUAUUACAAUAAAAUAAAAAUCCUAAUAACUAAUCAAAUGACAUUGGUAGUCUAGGCACAUAUAUCAAACUUGAAACCUCUUAAUUACGAGACAA